GCUUCGAAGUUCUGGUAGCAAGCGCAACAUCACUAGCUUAUACGAGUCACCGCAACAUCGUCCUUUAUAAAUGAAUGCUUCUAAUCUGCGACGAGAAAUCAUGAAGUAUUCCAGACACUUUCGAUGUUUCCUGUCAGGUUCCGUCUGCUGAAAUAAGGAAGCUGUCUUGUUCAGGAGAAUGCUAGCUUGCUAACAGCUAAGUGCGCUAGCAUGCAGACGAAGCGGUCGCUUGGGUUGGAUACUGCGUUGAACCUGUCAGCUGGAUAAACUAGUAACUCACCGCACUGUGAAGGUAGAGGAAAUAGUGGCACCAUGUCCCUGGGUCCCAAUGAGCCCCUUAAGCCCAGCUGCAGCAGUAACAGCAUCACUGAGCUGCUGGGCGCCCUGUGUGACUGCAGCCUGUCUGGGCUUUCAUGGAAGCGCCGAGCUAUGGGAGGAGUUUCACGAGAAGCUUUCCGCAGAGUUCUCAAAAAGCGUGCAUAUGGUGCGCUGCUGUCAAAGCUGUUCCAAGAUGGUACCAAAGGAUCUGUUUCAGGACCAAGUGCCACAGCAAAAACACCACCCAGAAACAAAGUUCUGAUGAUUUCUUUUGAUUUACGGGUGGCAGGUUGCCAGGAGGAAGCAGAGAGGUUGGAGGAGCACUUGGGGAGGCUGCCUGAGGGAGUGUCCUCUGGCCUGUUGGAAAUAGACUCUGUCCUUGAGCUCCUGGUGCAGCUAGCUGGUUCGGCACUUCCACCCCCAACUUCAUUCAGCAGGGACUACAUGAGGCGAGAGAGGCCUGUGCUACGAAGGCCACAACCCUGGGGCUACCAGAGCAAGGAGCUGCAGAGACUCGAGGCCCGGGCGUGGGGUUUAGUGUGUAGGGAGGAAUGGGGAUCUCUUGACAAUCUGUGUGGGAUUCAAAGGUUAAUGGAUGCUCCUCCAGGCACAGGACUUCUUGCACUGAGGUCUAAUCUAGACGUGGAGGAAAAGUUUGAGAAGGAGACUAGGUUGUCUCUGUUUGGAGCGCUACAACACACUCGUACCUCAGAGCUAGACGUAAGGCUGGAUCUGCCUCCUGUUCCCAGUAAUGUUGAUGUAACUGGAUUAGCUAUCAGGGUCCCUUCCUUUUUAGACCAGUCUGAGGACGAGGGCUUCCAAUCAGCUUCCAACUUGACGCCAGAUUCUCAGUCAGAGCCGAGCCCCACUCCAGAGGUUGAUAUCUGGGAGGCCCUUCGGACGUUUGAGCCUGGCAGACGUCGAUGUUGGGAGUCUGUUGGCUGCCCACCGGGGAAACGAGAGUCUCUGUACCUAACAGAAGGUGGCAGACAGGCCUUUGACCAACUCUAUCGACUGUGGGAGGGGGAGCUGAGGGUAGUUUGCACCAGCACGCCUUCUCCACUUUUCCCGCUACCCCUGGACUCACAAACCCAGCUGGUAAUGGAUCUUCUCAAUGUACUGAUUGGAGUGGCAUCCACUACGUUCUCGCUCAACCAGAAUUUGCAGUUUGAUGUCAGGCCUAGUGUAUGUGUGUCAGGAGCUUCCCCAGAGAGUGUGUCUCGCCUCUUAGGGGAACUGGCCCAGUAUGGCACCUAUUACUUGAGGUUGAGCCACUUUUCUCUGCAGUCUGCUCGCAAGAAGGGCUUAGUUUUUCAGGCUUUUACAGGUGGUCUACGGAAGUAUCUUCAUUACUAUAGAGCCUGCGUUCUCAGCACUCCCCCAAACCUCAGCCUCUUGACUGUUGGGUUCCUCUUUCGCAAAGUAGGCCGACAACUUAGGUACUUGUCAGAACUCUGCUGUGUGGAUGGGUCUUUGGGUGCUGGCCAAGCUACCUUCCCUGUGGGUGUACAGCUUCUGUCCUACCUCUACAAUGAAGCCCAGAAUAACUGCAGCAAUGAGAACUAUCCAGUCCUACUGUCAUUGCUGAAGAGCAGCUGUGAACCUUAUACACGGUUUGUGUCUGACUGGGUGUAUAAUGGUGUGUUUCAAGAUGUUUAUGGAGAAUUCAUGAUCCAAGUCAAUGAGGAAUACCUUGACUACAGAGACAAGCACUUCUGGGUUCAAGGCUACACUCUGAUCUCGAAGGAUGCGGAGGAUUGUGUGCCCCUGUUCCUGAGACAUAUUGCCAAUGAUGUGUAUGUCUGUGGCAAAACCAUCAACCUGCUCAGGAUAUGCAGUCCACAGCACUACAUUUGUUGGUCUGAGCUCCCAGUGCCCCGCAUUGCUGUCACCUUCUCCCUGCGUGAGGUGGAGGAAAUUGAGAAGGACUGUGCAGUUUAUCGAGGACGCAUGGAGAUGAUUGCUAAAUACAGCGCCAUCAGCAGGGAAGCGCAAGCACUGCGAGCAGAGCAGGUACGCCUGGAGCUGAUCAAUCAUGUCAGAGAGUCUGCAGCCAAGACACUGGAGCACAUACGCGGUCGCCAGGUGUCACAACAUUUGGCUGAGGAGGCGAAGAAGAGGGAGCGUUUUAAGGAACUGAAACAGCAUCUGGAGCAGGAGUGGCGAAAUGCUGCAAAGAAGAAGGAAGAGGAGGAUGACUUCAGUUUUGCCAGAGAGCUGAGAGACCGAGAGAAGAGACUACAAGCUCUGGAAGAGCAACUGGAGCAGAGAGCAAGAAAGGAGCUGAUUGCGCAGUACAGCUGUCUCUCCGAAGAAGCAGCUCGCAGAGAGAGACGGGCUUUGUGGAAGGUGCAGCGAAUGACGCUUAAUAAGGCUCGUGCUCAGUUUCUCACUCAAGACUGGCAGGACACACAGGCAAUUCUGAAAAAGUAUCCUUUAGGUCAGGCAAAACCUCCAUUGCCUUCUGGUGCUACAGCACUGCAGGAAACACAGCAGGAAUCUGAGACUCUGCACACAUCUGAACAGAAGUCAGAAAAGACUGAGGAAUCUACUACUGUAUCAAAAUCACAAGGCUCUUGUUCACUGCCCCCCUCCCAAUGUAGAGGAGACUCUGUGCUCAUCUCUGAAAACAUUGAUAUCUGUGACUUCAUCCCUAAAUCAUUCAAAAGUCUGCAAGUAGACAAGGCUCUACAAGAGAUUGGAUCUGACCUCCCUGAAACACUUGAAUCUAACCUGGUGGACUAUGACUUCAGUGCUCCCUUUACUUCAUUACAUGGCAUCACUGGCCAAGCAUCAGAUCAAACCAGGCCUGACGGGGAUCUUGCAAGUAAGCCAGAUAUCACCCAGAGCCAUCCUUUUGUUUCUUGUGGUUCUGUUGUGAAGAAUAUCCCUCAAGUACAGGAGCCUCUGCCUAAAGCUAAACUCUUCGGUCAGGCUUCCAAACCCAGCACGGCCCUAGGUCAUCAUGAACUACAGGCAUCCAAAAAAACAUCUAAAGCUAAUGUUUGUGGAUAUCCCUCACAGUCCUCAGAACAACUUGUUGAUGAGAGCAGUUUAAUUAUGCCCAGUAAGCAGGAAGUUGCGUCUGUACCAAAACACACCAUAUCUGUAACUGAAAUGAAAUUGGAGGCAAAGGAUAAUGAUGAUGAAUUGACUGAGCACACCAAAGGACUUGAUGUGCUUGAUCAGCUGACUUCUCUACCCUCAGUGUUCCCUUUGACCAUGCCAGUACAAGGUACUGAUGAUGUUGAUCACAAUGUCCUGACUGAACUUUCUCACUGUGGUGAUGUUCAACCUCUUACGCUAAACACCGACGAGGAUGGGUAUAUUUCUGAAGUGACCUCUGCUGUACCUGUGCCAAACAUUCCCGGCCAUGACUUCACUGUACACCUAAAUAUUCAAGAACUAGUUCCAGAUGUUUCUUCUCAAACUGUUUCCAGGGAUCAUGGGCAUUCCUCUGAUACUUACAUAAGUGGAGACUGUCUUUCAAAGGUUACUGCUACUGAACCAUCUCCUAACAUCCAUGGUCAUGCCUCAGAUGCACAUAUAAAGAUUGGAGAAUAUGUUUCUGAAGUUAUUAACCUUCUCCCUUCCGCCACUGGUCAUGGUCACUGUUCCGAUGCUCAUAUAAAAGUCGGGGAAAACAUUGCUGAAUUUGUUGCACCUUUCCCUUCUCCGAAUAUCCACGGCCACUCUUCAGAUGCCCACAUCAAAGUUGGGGAACAUGUAUCGGAUGUAUUUGACCCUCAGCCCUCCCGUAAUGUUCAUGGUCAUGCAUCAGAUGCUCACAUCAAAGUUGGGGAACAUGUUUCAGAAGUUGUUGCACCACUUUCAACACCCAGUAUCCAUGGUCACUCCUCUGAUGCAAACAUUAAAGUGGGUGACUUUGUGUCUAACAUACCUGAUGCAAGACCUCGAUGGAGUAAACAUGGACAUGCCUCAGACUGCAUCCUUAAAUCGGGGUGUGUAGUAUCUGGAACUGAAACGUCCUUGCUCCCUUUGCCUGGAAGCAUGUACGGCCAUUCCUCAGACUCUACACUAGGUAUUGGUUGUGUGGUUUUAGGAGAUGAGCCCCAGCAUUCUCCUUUACCUGGCAGUGGAUAUGGCCAUGCUUCAGACUCAAAUUUAGCUGUUGGAUGUGUAGUGUCUAAAGCUGAGCCACUUCCAUCACCACUACCAGGCAGCACUUAUGGUCACUCCUCUGACUCAAGUUUGGGAGUAGGAUGUUUGGUGUUGGGGUUGGAGGAUCCCCCCUCUGCACUACCAGUCAGUGCUUAUGGACACUCAUCAGACUCUUCACUUGGAGUUGGAUGCGUGGUGCAGUGUAAAGGCAGUGAAGGUCGGCAGAGAACAGAUGACAACAACGAUGAUGAAGGUCCGAAAGUGAACAUCGGUGAACAACAUGUUGAAGGAAUGGGUUCCUGGGAACCCAAUUUGAAUAUCUCUCCUGGUGAUAGUUCUGAACAAGAAUACCUCUCGACUUUGGCUUCUCACUACCAAGUGGAACACUAUGAAGACUGUUACAACAUCAUGGCUUCAUCCCCCGAGUGUCAGCUGCUGAAGCAUGUGACUCGGGGCACGUGGGGCCUUCCUGUGGACCCCAGUCUGCGCAAAGCCACAGACACCACUGCUGUUCAGCUCAGCGAGAUGGUUUCCCUGCCAAUUCUUAUUAAACACUCUGUCACUACCCCACUCAUCACACAUGUGUCUUUGGUGAACAAGGCAGUGGUGGACUACUUCUUUGUGGAGUUGAGAUUGGAAAGACACUUUGAGACGCUGCGCCACUUCUUGUUGAUGGAGGACGGAGAGUUUGCCCAGUCUCUCAGUGAUCUGCUCUUUGAAAAGCUGAGCAGUGGUCAGACUCCAGGUGAGCUGCUGACCCCUUUGGUUCUGAACUCCAUCCUCAGUAAGGCGCUGCAGUACAGUUUGCACGGCGACACCCCUUCAGCUGCAAACUUCACCUUCGCCCUCCGCUUCCUCCCAGAAAUGUUUCACCCGCUCGCCCCAGAUUCUCUAAACUGUCUAGAGCUGCGCUACAAGGUGGACUGGCCGUUAAACAUCAUCAUCACAGACAGCUGCAUGAACAAAUACAACCGUCUGUUCUCCUUCCUGCUGCAACUCAAACACAUGGUGUGGAGCCUCUGUGAUGUCUGGUUUCACCUUAGGAGAACUGCGCUGGUGAAAGGUGCAGGUCGCUCGGUGCAGUUCCGGCAGUUGCAGUUGUACCGUCAUGAGAUGCAGCACUUCGUCAAGGUGAUUCAGGGAUACAUCUCCAAUCAGAUACUUCAGGUGUCCUGGAGCGAAUUCACAGCCAAGCUGGCUGCUGCCAAUGACCUGGACGCUAUCCACCGCACACAUGCAGACUACCUCAACAGAGCCAUCUUCAGGGCUUUGCUGACAGACAAAGCUGCCCCGGUCAUGAACAUCAUCCACAGCAUCUUCAGCCUGAUUCUAAAGUUCCGUGCACAGCUGAUCGCACAGCCCUGGGACAGUCAGCAGGGGGAGGCAGUGCACCCCAGCUUCAUAGCCAUGCAGCAGUCUUACAACACCUUCAAGUACUACUCUCACUUCCUCUUCAAAGUGGUGACCAAGCUGGUGAACCGAGGCUACCAGCCUCACUUAGAGGAUUUUCUUCUGCGCAUUAACUUCAACAACUAUUACAAGGACUCGUGAGUCAUGCUUCAGUGUGCACAAGUGUCGGUGUAUCACAUCCUACACGCUGUUCUCUGUGUGCUUUUUAUAUGAUUUGCCACAUUAUACAGUGAAUGCAGUUUGAGAAUCCCCUCUGUUAUAUCUGUCUGUGUGGAGCAAAUAAUUUAAUAAAGCAAGCGAUUUGCCAUCAAAACUGCUUCAGGCAAUCAGUCAGAAUCAGUGUUCAGGAUAUGAGCUGCAUGUGUGUCUUUUUUCUCUUUCUUUAUUUCUAAAAUGAAAUUCUGCAGAAUUUAAUGUCAAACUAAGAUGGAGCUGAUACCUAAAAUGUUCAUUUGCAGCUGUUAGUCAGUGAGCUGCACGAAAACUGUUUCAUUAUAUGUAGAUAUGUAUUUUGUUAAAUGUUCUCUGCUGUUAACUUUGAUCUUUUGAUGUAAAUAAACCACAUUUACUU